UUUUGAAAUUGAGGUGGAGAACACAUAUAUCUAACCCUAUCUGGGGUCAAUUGCACAUUGGCAUUGUGCUUUAUAUGAAUAGCAAACAGGCACUAGUUAUAGCUACCAUUUCAUUCACACGAGAAGCUGGCACAGGACCCACAAGUCUCGAAAAUUGCAUGCAAAAUGUCUUCAUAUUACGACUGUUUGGAUGACAAAUAUCGCGUGAUCGUAGAUGGUAUAGCUUAUCCUACAACGUAUGAUCACACUGAUGCCAUUCGGCAGAUGCCCAAAUAUGACAAAAUGAGACCCGAUGACGUCAUUGUUUGUUCUUAUCCACGGUCAGGUACUCACUUGUCCAUAGCCUUGGUAGACUUAGUGAUGAGGAAUGGAGAUAUAGAGGCUGCAGAUAAGAUACACAUCAAUCAGAGAAGUAUAUGGAUGCAUAUGUCACAACAAAUAUGGAAUGGAGAAGUAUCUAUGGCAGCGGAUGGCAUUAAUCCAAUGACUGAAGCAGAAAUGUGGCCUUCUCCACGACUACUCUGUAGCCAUCUUUGUUUGGAGGCAAUGCCUGAAUCUGUCCGACGGGGUAUAUGUAAGGUAGUCGUAGUCCUAAGGAACCCCAAAUCAGUACUAAACAGCAAGUACCAGUAUGAGAUUCUGAUUCCAGAGAAGUACCAAAAACCUCUAACAUUUGAUGGGUAUCUUAAUAGUCAUUUGACUGAGGCACAAGAUCUAGUAUCAUAUGGCACGUGGUUGAAUCACGUCAGUGGUUGGUGGCAGAACAGAGACAGAAUGAAUGGAAACAUCCACUUCAUCUAUUAUGAAGACAUGAUCAAGGACAUCACAUCAGUGGUGACGAAACUUGCUAAGUUCCUGAAUAAAGAUCUUUCGGAGGGUAAAAUCAAAAAAAUUGCAGAAUAUCUACAAUUUAGAAACAUGAAAAAUAAUCCAAAGACCGGAAAAGCAUUUGAAAACAUGUCUGUAUAUGCUAAGGUGACUGAUACAAACAAACUGAAGACAUAUCACGCUGCCCACAUGCGUAAAGGUGCCAUUGGUGACUGGAAAGAUAAAAUAACUGUAGCUCAAAGUGAGAGAAUUGAUGAUUAUCUUCGUCCUAAACUUCAGGAAAUUGGUCUGGAGUUUCAAUAUGAAUAGACUAUGGGACACUAUAAUACAAAUAUCAUAUUGAUAUUAACAAAACAUAUACCAAACAACAGCUACGUUGAACGGCAUUUGGACAUUAUAAUAUCUAAUAAUAUAUUAUUCACGUUAUGGUUAUACUCUCUGUAGCUAAAUGUACGUUAACUGAUGACAUAAUUCCUAACAUUGUAUAUACUAUUACAUACAGUAAUCCAUUUAUGUGUACACCUCUUUUAAGUGAACACCUCACAAAAUAUGAACACCUUAAAUAAACAGCACAAUUACAAAAAUGGCGUCCAUAUAGA